AUGGCCAUGCGGGCGCUCAAAAUGAGCGCGCUCCCUCAGCUUCCGACAGCAACCCGCAUACUGCCGCCGGCGGCAUCGGUGAAGACGCUUUUAAUGCUUGUGGUCCUCGUUAUGCUGACCGGCCACAAUUCCGCGCAUCCAUUUAACAUCGUUAUUGCCGAUGCAUGGGCACCAGCAGCGCACGGCAGUCACAGCAGGCAUGACGGCAGCAUCAGCCGCAACGACGAAACCCCCCACACCUCCCCGGGUCGCUCGCUUCAUUAUGACGCUGGCUCCCGCAUCACCACAGCCUACAGCACCACAGCGGGUGAUAGCACGCGCUCCGCAGUCGUGCUCCAGGCCUUCAUCCCACGAACCCCAGAGCGGUGGCAGCGCCGGGCCGCCGCCGGCGGGCUGCCGCUGCCACCACCUGCCGUACCUGCUGCUCCUGCUGCUGAUACAGCUCGAUCCUCAUCGUCGAGGGUAGAAACACAGCGCCGCGACCACAGGAAACCUCCACUUCCGUCGCUAAAAGGCGCUUCUCGCAGCAGUGUAGCCCGAGAUCCGCAGCAUAGCGGCUCCAUCGAUAGUGCCGAUCAACGCGGGCGAGAAGCACAAGCCCAGUCAGUGAUGAGGCCUCAGCAGACUUCUGAUGGAUCUGGAAAAAAACACGAAUUAAGCAAGGCUGUCCGCCGUCUCGAAGCUUGCAACCACAGCCACAGCCGCAGUACUACAGGUCGUGCGAGUGCCAGUACGCGCGGCAGUGACCUAAGCGCGACCGUUGUUAUUAAAGAAGAGGAUGAAAUGGGCAGCAACGGGAUGGCAGAGGAUGGUGGGGAAUCCAAACAAGUACUGCUGGGUACAAGCUGUGGCAAUGUGGGGCCGGAGGAGGAGCUGGCCGUAACACGCAACGGAGGUGCACGGCGGAGUUCCCCCCAUCACCGGCAGCGGGGCCGCCAGCUACAGCAGGUGUAUCUGGGCCCCCGCAUCCUCUCCAUAAACUCAAUCACGAUGUAUGCAGGCGCUCCUUCAGGCCAGGCCAGCGUCAGCCUGGCCAGGGACCGCAAGUUUCGGCUGACCAAGGAUGGCACGGUGAACCUGGGCGCGGGCUUCUCCACUGCCCAGGCCCUGGCUCUGAACCCUAGUCAGAAUCGCUGGCGGGCUGCAAUCACCGGCGAAGGUGGCCAGGGCCGCCCUUCUGCCGCCACAGCCGCCUGGGUGGUGGUACCUAAGUUCUUCCAAUGCUGCUCGUUGUUUCCCAGCCGCGCCUACUUCCUGAGUGAGGCCAACACGGGCACAUCGGGAACUCAAGCCGCGGGCGGCUACUACUUCGUGACCGAGAUCGGCGCCAAUGCACUCAGCGGCACCGUGGGGGCCUCAACGUCCCAGUCCCAAGCGUCUGCUCUAAACCUGCCCAGCACCAAACCUGCGGUGUCACGGGCCAUUGUGACUCGAGGGGACGAGCCGUUGGGCUUCGCGGGAGUGGAGGCGUUGGGACAAACGAAUGCGCUCGUCAACUUUGCAGACCCGCGGGUCGAGCAGUACGGACAAGUCAUCGCAUAUCCGUACAACAUUUUUACGCCCUGGGACCCCGUCACGUGUACGCAGGUUCUCGUGACGGGCCUGGCCACAACCGGGAUCAACCUGCUGAAAAAAGACGCUAAAGGCGGUAAAGGCGGCAAAGAGGGCAAAGAGGGCAAAGGCGGCAAGGACGGUAAAGGCGGCAAAGAGGGCAAGGACGGCAAGGACGGUAAAGGCGGCAAAGAGGGCAAAGAGGGCAAAGGCGGCAAGGACGGUAAAGAGGGCAAAGAGGGCAAAGGCGAUAAAGGCGGCAAAGAGGGCAAGGACGGCAAUGGCAACGGCAAUGGCGGCAAUGGCGACUCCGCCAACCACACCACCAUCGCCCUGCCUUCAGAGCGGUCAGAACGUCUGCGAGCGUGUGAUGGGGUAGUGCGUAUUUUGCAUCUAUUAGUUCAUCUGACUGCCCUGGCAUGGGCCAAGGUGGGCCAAGGUGGGCCAAGGUGGGCCAAGGUGGGCCAAGGUGGGCCAAGGUGGGCCAAGACGCUGGACGAAUACCAAGCCUUCCUAAAGCGUGCUGGUCCCGCCUACCGCAGCGAUUACAUGGAUAACGGCUAUGGCUACAGCGACUACUACGAUGGGACCCAUGGGCCCGAUGGUGAGGGGGAUGUAAACGACGGCGGUGUUGAUGGUGAUGGCAUGGCCCCCUCCAGCAGCCGAGCGCCGGAACGACCCAGGGGUCGCAUUCCCGGCGGCGGAAGCCAGGAACAGCAACCUACUGUGCAGCAGCCUGUUACAUCGGACUCUAAAGCCAAAGCUACUUCCGGCGACGAAGGCGAUGACGGCAGUCCUGUACGUGUACAACAACAACAACAGAACCAACAGCGCAAUCAUCAGCGGCCACCUUCAAGCACGUACCAGCCAAUCACGCAGCAGCCAGCUCAGCGGCCGCUGCCCCAGUCGGACGCGGCUCAGUCCUUAUCGCCGGGCCCAGCAGCAGCAGCGGGAGCAGAGGAGGGGGGCGGCCAAAGGGAGGAACCAGCUCCCGUCUACCCCAUCUUCGUAGGAAGCGAGCAGUUCAGAGACGCUACUGCUGGUGCCGCUGCUGAGGAUGAUGGCGCCACACAAGGGGGGAGGUUGCAGCCGGCGGGCGGCAUCCUGCCUCGCGGCCGACUGCAGCAGCUCCUAGGGCCGGGUGGUGCGGGGCCAGACGACUUGUGGCCUCCCUCACUGAUGCUCCUAGGCAGAGGUGGAGCGAAGCUGCUGCCCGGCGCGAAGGUGCUUACGGACCCGGACGUGGCUGCAGCUGCAAGGCACAUCACCAACACCAGCGCACAGCAUUCCGUACUUGCGGCACAGCUCCUGUCCCAGGCCGCGGCGCUGCGUGUCGAGGCCGUACUGCGGGUCAUUGUACGGCUGGUCAACGCGGGCUCGCCGUUAAAUGCCUUCAUGAUGAAUGCCAGCAAGGCAUGGUACGAUGGCGCGGCGCAGCUGUCGAACGCCGGUGUAGAUGUCGCGAUCCGGCGCCUGGAGGCGAAGUUGCCUCCUGGCGUGGCGGUCGAACUGCGCCGGCAAGCAGACGACAUGGCUGAGCAGCUGGGCGCGGCGAUUGGUGCAGCCCAGCAGCAACAAAGCAUAGAGCAUCAGCAGCGGUGGGGCUCUGCUGGUGCUGCCGGAGGUCGCUGAUAGAUGCAUGCCGUGACAGACAUACGGACACCACAUGCGGACACCGCUUGGUUGGUGCUGAAGGGCCAGGUCAUGCGACAUGCAUGGGCCGCACGGGCGAGGCAGGUUGCGCUCGUGACGUUAGUUCUGCAUCCCACCGCAUCCUACUACUAAUAAGAACUGACACCUUUACUCUUUUUUAUUGUAUCCUAGCGAGGGGAGCCCAACCAACAGAGUACAAUA